CAACACUCAUGUAGCAGCUUUUUAGCGGUAACUGAAAACUUUUCAAAGCAAAAUCCCGCGAAAACUCCAGCAACGCAAAACAGAUAAAGAUUUCAAAAAACAUUGUUUUCGGAAACUCAUUUCCAGAAACAGAGUCGCCGUCCCGUCGUCUUCCUCAGCCUCCCUCAGUCGGCAUCUUCCGAAUUCAGAGAUACCUUCUCCCAGACUCGCGCUCUCGUCUCUCCUAUUGCUUGCUAUAUAGGUGCAAAACUGUAAAUCUUGAUUGUCCAUUGUUGGGAUAGCCAUUCCACCAGGUUUAUAAGGAACAUUUAUUUGGAUCCUGGGGUAGGGUUGGCCUUUUUUGGAGUUUCGAAGAUGUAUGGGACAAAUGCCAUCCAACUGGUCAAAGAAAUUGCAAAUGGCGAAAAGGGGCAGCUCACAGGCUUUCAGUAGUAAUCUGUUCAAGGAUGUAAUUGCAGAAUGUAGUCAACAUUAUGAAGAUCUUCAAAAGUCGUUAAGGAAAAUGCAGGAAGAAGGAAUAGAUUUCCAAACUCAAAAUGAGGACCACUAUGGUUUCCUUAUCCACCACCUUUCUUUACUUCGCAAUAAACGCUGCUUAAUGACUUACAUGCACAGCCGAGCAGAAAUGUUACGGAAUCUCAUAUGGAAGGUGGGCUAUGAAAUUCCAGAAGAAAUUGAAGAGAAGCUUAAUCACACAGAGAAAGAGUACUUUAAGAAACAUUGAGGCUUAAGAUCAUACAUGUCGAGAGUGGAACUCCAUUUGGAUAUGGAUAUGGUGCCCCAAGACCCCUACAUCAAGGUGAGAGUCCUCGACGACAUGGGCGAAGUACAAUUACCUAGCUUCAACACGGCCAAUUUUGCUCAGCACUCGAUGCAUUUUCUCAAACGAACUGAUGCUGAGAAGUACAUCUCACUGGGGAAGAUGGAGGAGCUCACAGGGUGAUUUUACUGGCACGACCCGCCAAACCAUUCUUUCUCGGACUCUAUAGUCUAUAUAUUGUAUGACGUUUGGUUUGUGGCUACAUUGAUAAUUUUAUUCCUAGUUUUUCUCAAUAAUGUCGCUUUGUUAGCGAUUUCAAUUUUUAUUUUCCGGAUUGAUACUUUAAUCUCAAUUAAAAAAUCAGUAUGAGGAUUCUGGGCGCAGAA